UAGUAUUUGUCAUGUUUUUUUUAAAUUUCUAGAGUAAAGGGCAAUAACAGCAAAGAUUCAACAAUGAAAAUGCUGCUAUUCUUACUUCCCCUGACUUUAAGUGUCGUUGAGAGCUCAAUUUUGGACACGACACAGUUGGAACGAAUCAGUUUUGGCAGUAAGACUUAUUUGAUUUCCAAAAUACUCGUUGACAACUUUCAGGCUGCCCAACAGUUCUGCAAUAAUUUCGGUGCUUACGUUGCUGAAGUUGAUACAGAAGGAGAAUUCCAACUCCUCCAGGCUUUCCAAAGAUUCUAUCCUGAAAUCCAAAACCUCUACAUUUCUGGAUCGGAUGCUGCCUCUGAGAAUACAUGGGUUCAUCAACGCACUGGGGCAGAAGUCGGAUUCUUAAGAUGGACCACGGGACAGCCAAGUAACACGUGGGGAAAUGAAAAUUGCCUUGAGUUGACACUUGCAGAUGCAAGCGGAAUGAAUGACAUGAAGUGCAUCUAUCCGGAAAGACCCAUCAGAAUUCUUUGUGAAAAAGAUGCCAGCAGUAAUUUUUAAUUCUUCAUCUGCUUCGUUUCCGUUGCUAGACGGACAACGCUUACUGUAAACCUUUCUAUAUUAUAAACAAAUAAAACUUUUACUGUAAAACUUUUAAAUUGAACGAAAAUGUAAUCUAAACAUUGUAAUUUCUGAAUGAUAUAAAAAAAUGAACAAAUUAUUUCUGUACAAUUUUCAAACUCAAUAAAAGCAACAUAAAAUUUA